AUGGAAACCAUAGAGCAAAACAAGCCUAAGGUGGUGGUGAUUGAUUCUUUGCAAUCAUGGGAAUCCUAUGUCAACCAAGCUUCUAACCAGAAUUCCCCUAUUGUUGUUCACUUUACUGCUUCAUGGUGCAUGCCAUCGGUGGCUAUGGUUUCGUUUUUUGAAGAACUUGCAUCAGAUUAUCCAGAUUUUCUCUUUCUCUCUGUUGAUGUGGAUGAAGUCAAGGAGGUGGCCACCAAGAAUGAUAUAAAGGCAAUGCCGACAUUUCUGCUUCUGAAAGAUGGUGCUGCAUCCGAGAAGAUAGUUGGUGCUAAUCCAGAAGAGCUAAAGAAAAGGAUAGACGGGUUUGCUCAGACAACUCGCGCAUCGAUUGCGUAG